CUUGUCACUUACUACUUCCACGUCGCCUAACUCCGUACGUGGUCUGCGAGCUUCUUCUUCCACUGCCGUCUAUUGCUGUUGUUGAUCUUACGCCGUAGAAGCAGCAAUUAGCUUCUACCCUUAUGGGUAUUGUGCGGUCACGUUUUUAAGCUCGUUGCCGCUUGCGGGGGCUCUAUGGUUUAGGGGAGGUGCGCCCUUAUCAUAUAUUCUUCGUGUCUUCUACUUUUUCACUUACAAAUCUCAUCUAUUUACCUUUAUGGCACCACCGUCCAUCUUCUUCUGUUUUUCCGUGUCAGAUAACCCCCGGGUUGCGACGCUGAGCGUCGCACCUGGUUUGAGAUGACUGGAUGGGUCAAGUCCCCUGGCCGAUAAUUAACAUGGAUACCAAGCCGGGGCCACCCGCAGCGCGUUGCGGUGGUCCUCUCCGCUACACGUUGCCUUUGUCUUUGUCUCUGUGUCUGUGUCUGUGUCUGUCUCUCAGUCUCGGCUCUCCGCUGUCCGUGGCGGAGGAUACUGGAAGCUCAGCUCGGGCUACCAUCUCAGUCGUGCUCGGUUCUGGCAAGUCACCUCACCGGGGAAAUUACCGGCCAGACGACAGCAUGGACGGCCGCAAGGAGUCCGACGAUAUGGAGAUGCCCAAUGACGUGGAGAUGUCUGGUACCGCGGCCAACUUUAGCGACACGGACGAUUCCAAUGACACGUGCUGUGAGUCUUCUGACGAGAAUGAGCUCGGAGGCUUAAAUGUGGAGGACAUGGAGUUGUCAAGCGAAGACGAGUACUCCAGCGACGACGACGAUUUUGUUGAAGAUGGAGACAAUCUCGUCGCAGGGCCUUCGACGGGCCCGGUGUGGGACUCGGUGAAAGCCGCCACCGCUUUCGGCAAGGGCAAGGGCAAGGGCAACGACGGAGGAAAAGACGGCGACGGCGACGGCGGAAAGGGCGGCGACAACAGGCCUACGGAAUUUCUCAUCCGUUGGGAAAGCCCAUUCUGCAAGGGCGCGAGGUCGGACACUUGCUUUGACAAGGGCCAUCUGGAUCUGUGCAUAAACGAGAGACACCCUAAGGCGGCAGCUGAGUAUGCGGUACGGUACGGAUGUACCAUGUGUAAGCGUAAGGAUAUAGCCCAAGACCGCAAGAAGAAGAAGGCUGAGAGGCAGGCCAAGGCCCAAGCGGCGGGCAAAAAUGCAGCUUGCAAGCCCAAUGGCAGACCUCCGGGUAAGGAUGGCAAGAGAGACGGUGACGGUGAUGGUGAUGGUGAUGGUGACGGUGAUGGUGACGGUAAUGGGGGCAAGCGGGGCGGUGGUACCAAAGGAAUGAAGGCCUAGGGUUCAACUGCUCCGUUGGAGAUUGUUUGAUUCUGGACAAGUUCGUGUGGCGUGUUCUGUUUGGGGUAAUUUUCGUUUGGCUCGUUAAGUUUGGCAAGAGUACUUGGUUUGGAGGACUGGAGGGUUGAAUCAUAGAAUGUGCUUACUGGAGAUAGAGAUAGAGGUCCGAAACACUGAAUAUAGUUGGGGGUUUUAGAUUUCUAUUACAAUGUUAAGGAGGCACGUCUACAGCCAUUUGAGUGGUAAUGAUUGUAUUGCCCCUGGAUUCUACUUUGAUUACUGAUUUCAGCUUCUGUUAGAGACCCCUGAAUUGUUUACUUUGGCGGUAUUUAGGUU